AUGGAAUUAGACAGCGAAUUACCUACUUGUAUUCAGGCUAAGUUUAAAUCUGAAACGGGAGAAGAAAUUGGAAGUCCAUUGGACUUACCUUUGAAUAUUACAAAGGAUCAACUAACUCUUAUUUGUAAUGCACUUCUACAAGAGGAAGAGAAACCAUUUUUAUUUUUCGUCAAAGAUACAGAAAUAACCUCAAAUCUUAAGGAAGCUCUUGAUAUUGAAAAGUUAAAUUCAGAAGAAGUCAUAGAAAUUAUAUACCAACAACAAGCUGUCUUUAAAGUAAGGCCAGUUACAAGAUGUACAAGUUCUAUUCCAGGUCAUGCAGAAGCAGUAAUAUCUACAUGUUUUAGCCCUUCUGGUAACCAUUUAGCUAGUGGAUCAGGUGACACCACAGUUAGAUUUUGGGAUAUAAAUACACAAACUCCUUUACAUGUAUGUAAAGGCCACAACAACUGGGUACUCUGUAUAAGUUGGUCUCCAGAUGGUACAAGACUAGCAUCUGCAUGUAAGCAGGGUCGUAUUAUAUUAUGGGAUCCAGUUACGGGCAAUCAAGUUGGAAAGACCAUGAUAGGACACAAACAGUGGAUUACAUCAUUAGCAUGGGAACCAUACUUGAGUAAUCCUGAUAGUCGGAAAUUGGCAAGUUCUUCAAAAGAUGGUGAUGUUAGAAUAUGGGAUACUGUAACAGGGCAUACAAUACUUAGUUUGACUGGGCACUCGAAAGCUGUAACAUGUGUCAAAUGGGGAGGGACUGGUCUUAUUUAUACAUCAUCGCAGGAUAGAACUAUUAAGGUUUGGAGGGCUGAAGAUGGAAUUUUGUGCAGAACCUUAGAGGGGCAUGCUCAUUGGGUGAACACUAUGGCUUUAAGUACAGACUAUAUUUUACGCACCGGGCCAUUUCACCCCAUACUUGAUAGGAACUCUCCUUCUCAUGACAAAAAAAUUCUUCAACAAAGAGCUUUGGAGAGAUAUCAAGAAACAUGCAAAAAUGAAACUGAGCGGCUAGUCUCUGGAUCGGAUGAUUUUACUCUGUUCCUUUGGUUACCUGAAAAGGAAAAACGUCCAUUAGCUAGAAUGACAGGACAUCAACAACUAAUUAAUGAUGUUAAAUUUUCUCCUGACUCUAGGAUAAUAGCAUCAGCCUCUUUUGAUAAAUCUGUAAAACUGUGGGAAGCAUCAACUGGUAAAUUUAUAACAACUUUGCGAGGACAUGUGCAAGCUGUCUAUAUGGUUGCCUGGUCUGCUGACUCCAGGCUUCUGUUAAGCUCCAGUGCAGAUUCUACACUUAAAGUUUGGAAUAUGAAAACAAAAAAACUAGAAUUGGACCUUCCUGGACAUGCUGAUGAGGUUUUCGCUGUAGAUUGGUCUCCAGAUGGUGCCUAUGUUGCAUCUGGUGGAAAAGACAAAGUAUUAAAACUGUAA